ACUUUCCUGUAGUACGUACAUGCAACUAUCAUUCUUGUUUAUUUACACCGUCAUCUGUUUAUUGUGAAAAUAAUUAGACGUAAAAAUCGCAAAGUAAAAAUAUGUUACAAGAAGAAACUGUGUUUGACAUGGCCUACAAAGGUAAAUUCACUGCUGUAAAAAAUCUGCUGGAUCAAGAUGACAAGCUAAAAACUAAAACUGACAGUAGUGAACGAAUGUUGAUUCAUUGGGCUGCACUUGGAGGACACAAUGACCUAGUGAAGCAUUUGUUAUCCAUCGGCUCACCAGUUGAUCCUCAGGACGAUACCAAUACAACACCUCUGAUACUUGCAUCAUCAGCUGGACGUGAAAAAGUAGUCAAUACGUUGAUAACAGAAGGUGCAAACGUAAAUGCUCAAACAACAGAAGGGCAUUCAGCAUUACAAUAUGCUUCAAGUAAAAAUUGGCAGAGUAUUUGUAUAAAGCUUGUUGAAAAUUCAGCUGAUAUAAAUAUCGCUGACAAACGCGGUGCUACUCCUCUUCAUCGAGCUGCUUCUAAAGGAAAUGUUGAAGUUUUGAAAUUUUUGUUGUCUCAAGAAGGUCUUAAUAUCGAUGUACAGGACAUUUAUGGUAACACUGCACUACAUUUAGCUUGUGAAGAAGAUCGUCAACAGGAAGCUAAACUUCUGGUGGCUCAUGGUGCGAGCUUAGAAGUAGAAAAUAAGGAACGUAAGACUCCAUUACAACUUGCUAGUGGUUCGCUAGCUCGACAGUUGACUAAAUCAAAUGAAUCUGCUCCAUAAUUAUCAACAAAAGUUUUCAUAAAUUUUUUUAUUUAAAUUCAGAAGAUUUAUAAUUUUUUAAUAAAAA